CCUGAUACUGUUCAUUGAAGCAUUGAGUCAACAUCUGUAAUUUCCAACGAAGCAGUUGUUCUAUCAAUGGUUCUUCAGUUAUUCAAAGCGUAAUCAUUAUUAAUCAUAAUGGCUGGAAAAGACAGUCUUUACAGUCUUUUCGGUGAACUAUACCGGCAAGGCCAAAAUGGGCAAUAUGAAAGUGCAGUAAAAACUGCUAAUAAGAUUCUUGGACUUUCACAAGAUGAUGAAUCUGCAUUACACUGCAAAGUUAUUAGUUUUAUACAGUUAUCCAAGUUCAAUGAUGCCUUGCAAAUCAUUAAUAAGUAUCCAAAACUGUUGACAAAACUUGAAUUUGAAAAGGCAUAUUGUCUCUAUCGUUUGAAUCAAGUUCUCGAUGCAUUUAAGAUUAUCGAUAGUAUACCAAAUCCAUCAUUGAAAAUUAAAGAAUUGAAAGCACAAAUUCUUUAUCGACUGGAAAGAUAUGAAGAUUGCUUUGCUGUUUAUCGUGAUAUAAUUAAAAACUCUACAGAUGAAUAUGAAGAUGAAAGAGAAGCAAAUCUAGCAGCAGUUCUUGUUCAUUUGGCUCAAGAAAAAUCAAAAACAGAAGUUCCAGUUUUAAGGGAGGUUACUUACGAAUUGAUGUAUAAUUCAGCAUGUCUAAUUAUUGCAUCUGAUAGUGAGGACAAAGCUAAUUUAUUAAAAGCUGAAAAGAAAUUGCGUGCAGCUGAGAAAAUGUGUCGUGAUUCUUUUGAAGAGGAGAUGACUGAAGAAGCAAUUGAAGAUGAAAUUGGUAUCAUAAAAGUUCAGCUAGGCUAUUGCUUACAAUUGCAAGGACGUGAAAAAGAAGCACAAGUAUUAUAUGCCUCAGCUGUCAAGAAAAGACCUGAUGACAUUGCUCUGGCUGCUGUUGCAAAUAAUAAUAUUGCAACAUUGAAUAAAGAUCAGAAUGUAUUUGACAGUAAAAAGAGAAUGAAAAGUGCUACGCAAGAUGGAUUGGAGCAUAAAUUGACAUCUCGGCAAAGAAAAAGUAUUGCUUACAAUCAAUGUUUAUUAGCUUUAUACACAAAUCAGAGUGAACAGUGUCAAUCACUAUGUAAAAAGUUGAUGAAAGAAUAUCCUGAAGUUACAAAGAAGGCUGCCACUGUAUUAGCUGUACAGUUAGCAAAAGAAGGCAAAGCUAAAGAAGCAGUGAAACUUCUUGAAAAACAAGCUGAGGGUGAACAUUAUCUGCCAAUAAAAUUGGCAUGUGUACAAUUAUUGCUGAGCAAUGAGGAAAAGGAAGAAGCUAUCAAAGUACUAGAAAAUCUUAAUGAAACCACAAAAUCAUUACCAGGAAUAGUUAGUGCUCUUGUUACUUUGCAUAUGGUCAGUGGAAACAGAGAUAAGGCUUCUGCUGUUCUUAAAAACGCUGUUAAUUAUUAUAAAAAAAAUAAGGAAAAUACUGGCAAUCUUGGAAAGUUGUGGCGUCAAGCCGCAGAUUUCCAUUUAAGAGGAGGAGAAGUUGCUGUUGCUGCAGCUAGUUUAGAAGAGCUUUUAGCAGCAACUCCGUCUGAUACAAAAACGUUGGCUCAAUUAAUAGUUGCUUAUGCUCAAUACGAUCCAGCAAAAGCACAAAGUCUGUCUAAAAGACUGCCUUCAUUAAAAGAUUUAACAGAAUCAACAGAUGUAGUAGAUGCUUUAGAAAGCAGCAACUGGGUGAUUGGAAUGAAAGUUGUAAAAAAAAAAGUUGAACCUUCUCCUGGAAAACCAGAAGCAUUGGAUAAAAAGCGCAAGAAACGUAAGCGCAAGGGAAAAUUACCUAAAAAUUAUGAUGCGACUGUUGGACCAGAUCCUGAAAGAUGGUUACCUAAGCAUGAGCGUAGUGGAUUUAGGAAAAAGAGGGACAGAAGAAACCGUGAUGCUACUAUGAAAGGAACUCAAGGUGCUGCUACUGGAGCCGCCGACCAGUUCGAUAUUACCAAAAUGUCAAACGCUAAGCCUUCUCCGAAUCCUCGUCAAAGUCCUGCAGCGGAAUCAUCAGGACCUCGUCAGCAACAACGAAAAGUGCAACAGAAAAAGAAGAAAAAAGGUGGUAAAUGGUAAUAAAAAGUGAUAUAAUAUAAUCCUCAUCAUAAACAUGAACUAUUUCUAAAGUAUAAAAAUCAUCAUCACUGCCAUAUGCUUGUUUUUAUGAUAAAAUUAUUGUACUAUAUUAUUUGUAAUUUUUCAAUUUUUGUAGAUACGUGUGUAUCUUUACAGAGAAAGAUAAAUGUAUCUUCGAAAUACAGGCAUAUUUGUUUAUAAAAUAU